CAAUUCUAAUGGCCAACCUAUUCCUCAGGGAGGAAGGGGGCGGGGGCACUGUGCUGCUCUCUGUUCAAUAGCCCUGGUAAUGACAGCUCAACAAAGAUCAGCAAUAAGCAGAUGAAUAAUGCAGCUGCUCCUUCAGCAAGCGUUGGGGGAGGGAAAUAUUGUUUUCCAGCACAGCUGGCUAGCUGAGUAUUUUUAUCCUACUGUUAUCAAAGAUUAAAUCACGUGUUUUCUGGGGGGAGUGCAUGGUGUUUGUUUACUGCAUCCAUAGGAUGUGGUGAUAUUUGCAUCCACUCCACUCUGUCUUAUACGCAGAAAAGGUUGGGGUCCUUUGUUUAAGAUUGUGAAAAAGGAUGUAAAAGAAAAAGUGUAACUUGCAAGUACUCUUUAAAAGGAAUAAUAAUGGGACCAGGCAUUCAAGAUUAUCCCUUACUACUGCAACGAGGGACACUGAAAAAGGACAGCCAAAUCCAUGAAACCCACAAAGGAAUGGUAAUAGAGAGUCUGGUUUAUUUAGGAGAAUACUCUCUGGAUUAUAAUGUCAAAUUGUCCAGUUCCAGUGGUGGAAAGGGACAUACAAGUACCAAAGGUCUAGAGAAACCACUUUCCCCUGUGAGACCUUCUCCCAGCAGCUUAAGCAAAAGUAUUUUAAAUACCACCAGAAAGACUUUCCAUUGCACCCAGGAUGACAGUCAACCAAGUUUUCUUUACAAGGAAAGAAACAGGCUAGAUGAGGCUCAUCAGCAAAACAGAAUGAUGAGUGUUUGCACAUCACUGUACAAAGUACAAGGGGCAAAGAAGGACCUCACGGAAAGAAGGCAAAGUGAAUCUGGACUACACAGAAUCCCUUCCAGUUUGAAGGGGAAUUCACAAGGUGGCUCCAGUAGGGCAGAAGAUGGACUGAUGCAAAGAUUUUAUUCCAGUCAAAAAGGAGAAACUCAAAGAAAUCUUGGAGAGCAUGUGACUGAAGCUGUGCCUUGCACUUCUAAAUACCCAGGGACCUCUGUGAAUGAGAUGUUUCUUGACUUUCAGUCAGUGAGAAUUAUUCAAGAGGAUGCUGCUGAGGAUAGUGCCAGUGACCUUUCUGACUCAGAAAGAAUUCCUAUUCCCCCUUCCCCUUGCACACCGCCGGAACUCAACCUCAGAGCUGAAGAAAUUGACCCCGCAUGUUUUGAACACCUCUUUGAUGCAGGUUAUAAAGAAUCAAUAUAUUAUUAUCCUGACUUCCUCCCACCUCCUUUCAACUCCUGGGACCUGCAGCAGCUGGCAGUGUUUGUUAACACAGAGUGUAAAUCGGAAUCUCGACCACAACCAGCAGGAUUUAUUGAGAAAUAUAUCGAUCGGCUUUUGCAGCUGGAGUGGCUGCAGGUGCAAACUAUACAGAACGAGAAAGGAAAGACAGCCAAAGCUAGGCCUCAGACGGCUCCUAGUAUCAUUCGGACCCUAAAAAGCCCUGGCAAAGGCAAAUCAUUGCAUAGCCCUUCGCCUAACAAGCAGUUAACUCCCAAAGAAAGUGUUAUAAAGCUCCCCACAAGCCUUUCAGCUCACAGAAGAGAUGUACACUGUGAAGAAAAUAGCCAGUUAAAUGCAUAUCCAGGUCACUCAAAAGUUGCGGAGGUUACGGGUGGCACGUCAGCCCCACAGAGACAUGCCUGUGAAAUGAGGAAUGAGGUGAAAAAGAGGUCAGCCACCAAGCAGCAACUUCUCAAUAUGCAGCCCUGUGCAAGCAGUUCUAAGAUUCGGGAUGUUGGUAUUCAGGAUAUUGGUAAUAUUAGACCCCUCAAACAAUCCCCCAAGUUCCAUAGUUCAGCUGCCCCCACCCAGGGGCGAAAAACACAGGCAUGUUCAAAUCUGAAGAAGAAUGGAAAUGCUAAUAAUUAUGUUCCUUCCAAGAAACCAACAGGGGACAAGAAGUUAAAAACAAAUGGUGUGAAGCAAACAUCAUGUACAUUUAAAUAAUGAAGAAUAAUUAAUUAGUAAAUUGGCAAUGCAGUGCUGACUGCUGGAGGGUGGAGGGACCAUGGUUUUUCCUGGUCAGGAAAUCCUGUAGAAAAUUGUUCUUGCUGCAAAUUUCUGCAUAUUUAAGUACAUUGGACCUUAAACUAGCAGGGCCAACGGGGAAUAUUUUUCUCUGAAGACAAAUGUCUUCCACUGGUCUUUACUCAAAGGGUAGACACUUGCUUAUGUAAGAAGAUUCUAGCGAAUAAGGUUAGGAAAACAUAAAAUGUCCGAUUUCUUCUCACACUGACACCCAUGUAACUUCAUUGACUUCAGAGGAGUUACUCCUGAUUUACGCUGGAGUAUGUGAGAGGAGAAUCAAAUCCAUACACUCUCCAUUGAGCAGACACACACAUGUGCCAUAUAGGGUGAGACAGAUUUGCUUUUCUUUCUGAUGGAGAAGAGUUUUGUUGAUUUUAUAAGAGAAUGGAACUGGCCAGGCUCAUCUAUGCAAAGUUAAAGUCUCUGAUUCUUGAGCGAAGAGCACAAAAUCAGACUGGUUUGGGGAGCAGAGAAUGUUUUGAAGUAAUCUUCUGAGUCAGAAGAGAUUCUACUAGUUAAAAUCAUACCGCUGCUAAAGGAUUGACAUCCGCUCAUCUGGUGAUAGGCCAGGGAUAUGGCCUGAAUAUUUUUAUAUAGCUAGCUUUGUUGUAGUCUUAGACCAUUUUCCUUAAAGUCCACCUUGUAGGUCUUGCUGCUUUAUGUCAUUCAGAAAGUGACCCUCUUAAUGUUUUGAGCUAUUGCCACUCAAGCAAGAGAUCUUGGAGUCAUCCUGCUUAGUUCUCUGAAAACAUCUGCUCAGUGUGUAGUGGCAGCCAAAAAAGUGAAUAGAAUGUUAGGAACUGUUCGGAGAAGGACAGAUAAGACAGAAAAUAUCAUAUAAUGCCACUAUAUGAAUCCAUGGUACUCCCACACCUGGAAUACUGCAUGCAGUUCUGGUCACCUGUAACAGGGUGCACUCACCUCUCGUGAGCACCCCCUUGGCCAAGUGCACACACUUUGAUUGUCCCUCCUCUGGGAUAGAACAGCACCCCAGGGCUCCCUCCCUGGAGACAAUGGCUUUGCCCUCUUGGAGAGCUGUAGCCAGGAAGCCCCAUCUGGG